GACGUCAUAAUUGCUCCUCACUUCGCGCACCUUCCAGCACUGCUAUUGUACUGUCGGCAAAUAUGGCGCCCGCUAGCAGUUGUUGUGCUGUCGUGUGCUUUUGUAACUAAAACUCCGUUUUGACAUCACUUUCAUCAUAAUCUGAAAAAAAUAAUAAUAAUAUAUAAAAAAAACAACAACAAAUAUGAAAAAAAUAUAAAAAAAAAUCACCAUCGAAAACGAAUCAAAAAAUAAUACAUACAAAUAUAAAACGCAAAUAAUUGAAAGUUACAGCAGAAAUAAAAAACAACAACAUAGCUCAAAAGGAAAAAGUCAAAGCAAAAACUUUUUACGUUUUUUGGACUCUUUGUUUUUGUUUCGUUUGCUUUGCAAAGAAAACCACACAAAACAGAAAAAACGAGAAUUUUUACGCCGCCCGUCGGUGUGAGCGAGACAGACAGAGAGAGAGGGAGAUAAAGCGACUGCGCAAAUAAAAAAGAAAACAAAACAACAAACAACAUAAAAAAAACAAGCCAAGCUUGAAACGAAGACUUUCAAAUAAAACAACAACAAAACCAACAACAAACCAAACAAAUUGAAACGCUGUGAAAUUAACUCGUCAAUACUCAAAAGCACCAACAAAUAAAUAAACAAAAAGAAAAGCUAAAACAAAAUAAAAGGCAAACCACUAAGGAGCAAGUAAAGCGGAGUUUAACAAGAAAACGGCAAAAGCACUGAAAACAAAAAAGCAACGGGAAACGAAACUAACGUGAAGUCAAAGAAACGGCGCUGCGGCGUUCGGACUCUCGAAUAAAACAAAAACAAUUCAAGCUAAACUGCAAAAACCACACUUGGAAAAACGCUAAAUAAAUCCCAAAUUCCUCAUUAUUUUUCCUGAAAAGCUUUAAUUUAAUUACGAAUUUUUUGUUGUUAAGUCAGAGUGAAUUCAAUUUGCUAAUUAAUUUAAAUUAAGACAUCAACAACCGAGCUACAAAAGCAGCAACAACAACAAACAACAACAAACAACAACCAACAAACAACUGAAUUAAUGUUUUAAAGUACAAAAUAACCGGGAGUAAAUCAACAACAAAUAAUUUAAACAUAUUAAAAACGAUUUAAUUUAAAACGCAACAUCAAUCUAAAUUAUUUAACUAAACAUAAAAACAAACACUGCUAGAAUUUAAGUCCAAAGGCAACUGAUAAACGCCCACAAGGGCGAAAGGGAAGUGAGAGACAGAGCGAUAAACGUAGGAAGAAGCAAGGAGAGCUGAAUAAAACCGAUCAAGCAACAAUUGUGCCGCAAAAAAAAGUGUGAAUAAAAAAUAUAUACUAAAAAAAAUAACGGUAACAAUAAAGAAAACAUUUAAAACCAAAAAUCUACAAGAAUUCUAUAAAUUUUAAGUCACGUUUUACACAGACCUACAACAACAACACCAGCAAUUGAACUUAGCCAAUAAAUUUAAUUAAAACAAUAAAUUAGUGAAAAUAAAAAUAAACGGAUUAAGCAAAUAUAUAUAGCGAACUCAUAACAAAUUCAAAACUGCGGCCUUGUGCCAAAAAAACAGUUUUUAUUUUUUCCAAUAAAGCAUUGUUUUUUACUAGUUUUCAAUUCAGAUUUUUUUAUAAGUGUACCUAGUGAGAAAUGUUAAAAGUCUAAAACAGCAAAAGCAACUGCAACAAACGGAAGUAAAACGGAGAAAAGAAAAACAAAACAAAUUCAAAGAAAGAUUUAACAACUCUGUGAUAAUUACUGUAAAUUUAUAAAUUUAAAAAAACAAAAACGGAAAAAACGCAAAGAAAAACCACAAAAAAAUCUCUAAUUAAAUGAAAGGAAAACCCCGUAAUUUUUAACAGUAGGCGAAGAAGAAGAAGGAGCGAAAGAGGAAGCAGAAUGCAGAAAAACAUCUUAAACCAACAACAACUUUACACUUAAGAGCAAAUGCAAAUGAAAAGAUAAAAAACAUUGAAACAAAUUCGUGAUAUCUUAAAGGACUUCGAUACAUAUAUACUAUAGUAUAUUAUAUAUUAUAUUAUAUAAACUAUUAAACUAAGCUUAAAUCUAGUGAGCGUCAACCGAGAAAGCAAAAACAAAACAAUGGAAUAAGUGAAUAAACAACAAAACCAACCAACACAAAGCAAAAAAUAAAAACCCUAGGUUAUGAAAAGACUUCAAAACGCAUUCAAAAAAUAUAUAUAUUUAAACAAAACAAAAUAAAUCGUAGACUUAAAGUUCAACAUAGUAAAUGAGCGAGGAUAACUUUACAUAACGGGUGUCCUAUAUCUAUUAUAUACAUAUAUAAAAACAAAAAAACAUUAAAACUCAUAAUUUUUGCUUAGUGAAUAGUAAAUGAAACAGCAAUAAAACAGCAACAAAAACAACAAAAAAAGAAAAACAAAUUAUACAAAUUGUGCAACCGAAAAGUAAUAGCAACGUACAGCGAAACAAAAUAGGAAAUCGACACAGAAAGAAAGAGAGAGAGAGAGAGAGAGCGAGGAACCGGAAACGGAAGUCCCGAGAAGAGGAAGAAGGAGAUUUAAACCUCGUUCCCAAAAAAUCAUCGUUGUACUAAAGGUAUUCGAAAGUAAAUAAAAAAUCACUACUACUUCCUAUAAACCACAACGAUUGCCUACAAAAUAUAUAUUAUAUAUAUGUAUACUAAAUAGAAAACAAUAUAAUCAAGCAAAACACACAAAAUAUUCAAAUAUCAAACAAAGCUAAUCUAACCCAAAAGUAAAAAGUAUUCCCAGUGUAUUUUUCUAGUAAAACUAAAGUAAAAAUAUAAAAAAAAAUCAACCAAAUUCAUUUCAAACAAAAUGCAAUAAUUCAAUAAUAAUUCAAAACUCGAACAAAAACAAAAAACACCAACGGCAGCAGCUGGUGUGCAUUUUCAUCGUAAAACCACAAUAUUUUGAAUACACAAAACAAGCAAAACAAAUAUUUCAAGAACAACAACUUUAGAAAGAAAAACAACCUACAACAGACCCAGGAAGGAACUUCAAACUACCAAAACAAACCAACAACGUUACAAUAUUUGUCGGCAUUUUUUACAAGAAAUAUAAAAACACAAAACAACAAGGAACACAAAAAACCAACAAACAAACAAACCAACAACAGCAAAGGAAAGCUAAGUAAAACAACCACAUUUUUUGCGGGGCAUGCCCUCAAGAAAAGACAAAAAUUUUUAUUAACUUCGAAGACAAGGAAUUUCAGUGCCUCUUGUGCCAGUGUUUAGCCAAAAUAUAUAUACACAAAAAACAAAACAAACAACAAAUAAAAAACAAAUACGUAUUUAUUGCUUAGUUUUUUCUCUUUGAUAUAAAACUACACGAAAAAUAUAAAAAAAAGAACAAAAAACAUAAAAACAAAAUUUAACAGAAGUGAUAUCACGAAAUCUGUUUUCGGUCAUUUUUCGCGCUUUCUUCAACUUUAACUCUCGUUCCAAUAAUUCUCGUCAUUCGCAUCCAUUAUUGGUAAAUCGGAUUAAACCACUGACCAUCCGAUAACACCUCUUACAUCGCAAUCACCAUCGCCAAGAACCAGUCUCCAAUUUGCUAGUCCUUAUCAGCAUUUUCUUUGUUUGUUAAUAUCCAAUCAAUCAAACAUGAAUACCCAAUCGAAGGUGUACCGUAUCGGCGAAGAAAUCUAUGACAACUUGCCAUGCGAUAGUUAUUUCAACAUGAAUGCCGUUCGCAACCUGGGAAUCCCAACAACGUUUCCGACCAUUGGAACAUUUACACUUGACUCUAUUACGUUGGGACUGCAGCCGCAGGGUCAGGGCCCGUCGCCCCAGCAGCAGCAGCAGCAGCAGCAUCAACAACAACAGCAGCAGCAGCAGCAGCAGCAGCAACAACAUCAGCAGAAUAUGCAUCACCAUCAACAUCAGCAGCAACACAUGCAGCAGCAGCAGCAACAACAACAACAUCAGCAGCAGCAGCAGCAACAACAACAACAUCAGCAGCAGCAACACCAACAGCAGCAGCAACAACAACAGCAUCCAACCAUUGGAAUGUUCGAUGCCAACGAGGUUAACGAUGUCAUCCAGAAUCCUCCUCAAAUCGGAGUAUUCCAGUCUAACAGCGUUCUGACCAACGGAGCCGGCAGUGGCUCCUCGAUCUUUGGCUCCCAGUCGAGCAAUUCAUCGGCGGCAGCUGCAGAUCCCAGCCAGACCACCCGGGAAACUGGCAUCAUUGAAAAGUUGUUGCAUUCGUAUGGAUUCAUUCAGUGCUGUGAGCGGCAGGCGCGUCUUUUCUUUCACUUCUCGCAAUUCAGCGGUAAUAUUGAUCAUUUGAAAAUCGGAGAUCCCGUGGAGUUUGAGAUGACCUAUGAUCGCCGCACCGGCAAGCCGAUAGCUAGUCAAGUAUCAAAAAUAGCCCCAGAGGUUGUUCUCUCCGAGGAGCGGGUCACCGGCACGGUGACCACCGAGCUGCGCACAGAUAGCGCCAACAAUGUGCUCAACUCCAGCGAGACCACAGGUCGCAUAAGCUAUGAGAACCGAGGCGAAUGCUUCUUUUUACCCUAUACCAAAGACGAUGUGGAAGGUAAUGUCAACUUGCGCGCUGGCGACAAGGUCAGCUUUCAAAUCGCAACGAACCAAAGAGGUAAUCUAGGCGCCUGCCAUAUUCGCCUGGAAAAUCCGGCUCAGCCGGUUAAGUAUCGUGGGGUUGUCUGCUCGAUGAAGGAAUCGUUUGGCUUUAUCGAACGUGCCGAUGUGGUCAAGGAGAUUUUCUUCCACUUCUCAGAGGCUGAGGGCAAUGUUGAGCUGCGUCCCGGUGACGAUGUUGAGUUCACCAUUCAGACGCGGAGCGUAAGUGGCAGUGGCGAUCCGACCAAUCCCAAUAUGCUUCAAUCAAAAAUGCAGUCUGCAUCUGUGCCUCCGCAGGGCCGUGAAUUUGCGUGCAACAUCACGCGCCUAGCUCCGGGAUCAGUGAUCUUUGAAGACGUGGACAGCACGGUGUAUAAGGGCCAGGUGCUUAAGUCGCUUGAUCGCAACAACCCGGUGCGCCAGAACAAUGAUCCCUUGCCGGGCCGUAUUCGUUAUAGGGCCUUGGAUUACUCCGAGGUGGAGGUUCCAUUCGGGGACAAGGAUCAAAAGGGUGACUUCACCCUGCGCCACGGCGAUUGGGUGCAGUUCCUCCUUGCCACGGAUCGGCGUGAUCAAUUGCAGCGGGCCACAUCGAUUGCCCUGUUGGACGAGACAUUCAAGGUUUCCGGCGAGAAGCGGGAGCAGGGCACCAUCGCCUCUCUCAAGGAGGGCUUCGGAUUCCUGCGCUGCGUAGAGCGUCAGGCUCGUUUAUUUUUCCACUUUACUGAAGUUUUAGAUACGAGCCGCGAAAUCGAUAUCAACGAUGAGGUAGAAUUCACUGUCAUUCAGGAGCCUGGAUUGGCCUAUAAUAACUCGCGUUUGCAGGCCAUACGCAUUAAACACUUGCCGCCCAACUCAGUGCAAUUUGAAACUCUAGUGGCCAGCAACAUAGAAGGAUGUGUAACUCGCGAGGCGCCCAAGAGCCCAAUUAAAUCUCAAGAUCGCGUCGAGGGCGGUGUGAUUACCUAUGAACAUGCCGAUGUUAAAAAGACUAUAAUGUAUUUUCUUAAAGACUGCGAAAAACCACCAAGGAUUGGGGAGCGCGUGCGCUUCGAUAUUUACAUGGUCAAACGUAACAAGGAGUGUAUAGCCGUCAACGUACAGCAAGUAUCGCUGCAUCAGCAGCAACAACAGCAGCAACAGCAGUUGCAUCUUAAUCAGUCGAGUGCUGGGGCAAAUAUCAACCAAAAUGACCAGCUGGGAGGAUUGUCGAAUGGAAUCAGUAGCAGCAGCUCGAAUGCUUCGCUACAGAAUGGCUAUGUCAUGCACGGCAGCCCUGGCGGCAGCACCAGCAGCGUGGGCAGCAACAAUCCGGGUCAUCUGGAUGAGUUCAAGAUGGAGAACAACAACCAUGCCGGAUCCGAUGCCGGUCAGGUGUACCGUGGCUUCAUAGCCGUUAUGAAGGAGAACUUUGGAUUCAUUGAGACUUUGUCCCACGACGAGGAGGUCUUCUUUCACUUUAGCAACUAUAUGGGCAAUCCCAAUUGGUUGGAGCUGGGUCAGGAGGUGGAGUACACUCUCGCUCGAAAUGGGAAUACAUCCGUUUCUGGAAACUGCCUGCCGGCGGAAAAUGUCCGCAUGCUGCCAAAGAACUCUAUUCCCCAGCCGGCUGUGCUGGAAACCACACACAAUGGCGUGGUAGCACGUCCACUGCGUUGCAUCAAUCCCGACCAGCAGGAAUAUGCCGGUCUCAUUGAAAUCCUCGAUGAGCUACGUACCACUGUCAUUUCGCAACACGAAUUCGGGAUCACUAGUCUGGUGAACAAGAGGGAUCUGCUCCAAAAGGGCGAUCUCGUUAGCUUCCGCAUCGAUGAGAGUGGUCGAGCAGCAUGCGUGAAUGCCGUAAGGCAGAAGAAGCGUGCCACUGUGGACUCCAUCAAGGGUCAGUUUGGUUUUCUCAACUUUGAGGUGGAGGACGGCAAAAAACUGUUCUUCCACAUGUCUGAGGUGCAGGGCAAUACUGUCGCUUUACAUCCAGGCGAUACUGUGGAGUUCUCCGUGGUCACCAAUCAGCGCAAUGGAAAGUCGUCGGCAUGCAAUGUUCUGAAAAUAAACGAUCGUCCGGAUCGUCUGAUCUCGCGCCUUAAGCUCAACGGCGAUGACACUGUGCCGCGCCUGAUCCUCAUUCGCGCACCCAAGGGACCGCAGGGCAAGGGCUUUUCCGUUCUAGCGCGUCAUCCACGCAUUCCAGGCAACUUGGUGGAGUAGAUUGCUGAAGAAGUUGUAUAAGCAAGCCAGGAUAUUAGAUGCACAUCAAAGACAACUACCUACAGCUACAUAUAUUCUUGUACGCAAGCCAUAACCGAGCAGGCUACCACCAAUCAACAAACUAACAGCAACGUGAACUGGUCGCCCCUACCAUACAUACAGCAACAUUUAUAACGAAUAUAAUCCCUAGAACCAAGCAAACACUAUUGGAAACGAUUGUAAUUCAUAAUAAUGGAUAGCAAUGGCAUACAUUUAAUAUUUACGAAACUACAAUACUUAACGGCAACUCAAACAAGAGAGCUCUUCGUGUCUGAAAUCGAAACUUAUUUGUAAUAUUACCAACUAACCCCUCCACCAUUGUAACGCUUUGUUUUCAACUCGGCGCAACGGUGAUCCGAGUUGUGGCCAGGUUGAAGCAAAACGAAAUUGAAAUCCAAGUGUCUGAGAGAUGAAACCAAAACGUGUGUAUACGUAUACUAUUUUCUACUAGUUUGCUUCAAUUUAAACUAAUUAAAAAACCAAUGGGAUAAGUGAUGAGCGAGAGAGAGAGAGAAAACAAGGAACAUUAUAAUCUAUGAAGUAUUUAUUCUAGAAUUCUUCUGGCAACGAACUCCUUGCAUAAUUGCGUUAGAAAUCGUAUAAAUGCAACACUCUAUUAACAUUUAUCUAUGGCUGGCAUAGUUCCUGCUUCUACUGUAUCUUGAUCUACUCGUAUUCUUUGGUACUUCUCGAAAAAUGUUCUUUCACCGCUUUCAAUCUUACUGUUAACGAUUUAUAUUUAUUGAACAAUUGUUGUACUACGACUGCAAGUUAUGUAGGACAACGGUCGCAGCAGCGACGGCAAACAAAGAAAUCAAUCAAUGGAGUGAAGCAUGGAGAAAGUAUUUAUAUCUACAAGUACAUAUAUAUUUUACAUAUUCAUUAACGUAAACAUACCUAAUAUUAAUGUUAUUAUUUCCCAUGAUUUGAUCUUCGCUUGUAUAAACACGUCAAGUGGUUUUGCCAAUUCUUUAGUUGCAUUCAGACAGUUGCAUUAACUUAUUACAUAGCAAACAUAUUAUACAAAAAAAACAUAGCAUGCUACAUCGCAAAUAUUUAUUUAAAGCAACAACAAAUCGCAUUACGAAAACUCACAAAAAAUAAUCCAGGAGAGAUGGAAAUUACGAAAAGUUUUGUGUAACGAUGAAGAGCAAAUUUAAUUUGCUGCGCCAAAUCUGUUGAAACCAUUUAAUGAAGAUUAUAAAAAUAAUUUUUAAAAAAUCUACAUAUACGAAGAAAAAAAAAGCUACAAAAAAAUAAAACAAAACAAAAAAACAAGCAAACAAACUUUAUGAGCGUGUCGUGUGUCGGUAACAAAGAGCAAAUAUUGUGAAAAUUAUGAAUUUCAAUUACUAAAGAAACAAAAACUAAAUGUAACAAAAAGAUGAAAAAAAAAACACUUAACAAGCUAACAACAAAUUUGGGAUCAGUACGUCCUAUUAUAGCCAUGUUAUAUACAACUACAACAGAGCAAACACAAAAAAAAACAGAACUUACACUAAGCAGCAACACUGACACUCACAGACAAACAAACAACCAGAAAAACCAGAACAAAGAGCAUGAAAACAUAGUAACUUUAAUAUUGUAUAAGGAUUAUACAUCGUCGUACAUAUAACGAUAUAUGCGGGACACAAAUAUCCUGCAGGGCGGGUGGGCAAAUCGAGGUUGAUGGGAUGAUAAUGGGAUAAUCGACAGACAUGCCAAACGCCAUCGCCUUCGCCAUCGAAGCCCCGAAAAGAUUUUCCGAGUGGCCGGCAGCUGAGCGUUUAGAGUCAUUCAUGCAACGCAAGAAAUGAACAGCACAGUAACAAGGAUCCUUAUUGCGUGAAAAGCGACAAAACCAACAUGAAGACAUUUCAAGUAAAAACACACAACAAAAAAAUCGUAAAAACUGCAAAAAUGUAACAAAAACAUCAAAAAAAAAAUGAUACAAAAAAUAUACAAGAAAAAUACAUACAUACAUAUGUGCUUGAAUACGAAAAAAAAAUCGCAAACUAUAUAAGUCAAAUAAUACAACAACAAGAACAACAACAUAAUAAAUAAUAAAUACAUAUUUCAAUAAACUAAAAGCCCCCCUCUGCGUAUUUAUGUUAUCAACUACUGCUGGAGUCUGAGAGUGAAACGUAAUAAUAAUAUAUACUAUUUGAAAACUA